AGGUGGUGCUGGUGCCAUCCAGUUCUUCUCCCACCCAUCUCUCUCUCUCUCUCUCUCUCAUCUUCUCUCUCCCUCUCCUCUCUCCCUCUUCUUCUUCUUCAAACCCAUUUCUCAUUUUAUCCAAAAUCUCAGAGACCCUGCUCUUUCCAUGACAAUCUGCCAUUGAAAAGGCCCCCGAUAAUUGGCCAUGAGGAGGGGACGCGGAGCCGCCGCCGUGGCUGCCAGAGCAAAUGGACCGCCGGCCGAGCCCAACGGAUCCAGACCCAUUAAAGAGGUGAAGUACCGGGGCGUCAGGAAAAGGCCGUGGGGAAAAUACGCGGCGGAGAUCCGAGACCCGUAUAAGAAGAGCCGGGUCUGGCUCGGGACCUUCGAGUCCGCCGAGGACGCGGCUCGGGCCUACGACGCCGCCGCCCGGGUCCUCCGCGGACCCAAAGCCAAGACCAAUUUCCCCACCUACUCCAAUCAUCUCUGUUACAACAACCCCGCCGAUCCCAACCUCGACAGCAAGCUGUUCGGGUCGGGUUACGGGUUCCACGACGACAGCCCGGUGGGUCCCGCCAGGCCCGCGUCGAGCAGCUUGAGCUCCACCGUCGAGUCGUUCAGCGGGCCCCGGGCGGCCCCGCAGCGAUCUUCUGCGACGAUCGCGGCGGAGUCGUCGCGGCGGAAACAGCCGCGGACGCCGCCGAUGGAUCCGGAGGAUUGCCACAGCGACUGCGACUCGUCGUCCUCCGUGGUUGAGGACGACGGAGAAUUCGCGUCGUCGUUUCGGAAGCCGCUGGAUUUUGAUCUUAAUUUCCCACCGUUGGAUGAGGUCGACGCGGUAGGAGGGGACGGGCAAGAUCUUGGGUGGACUGCUCUGUGCCUCUGAUUACUUAUUUCGAUGCUGAUGAUGACGAUUAUUUGAUGAGCAAGAUGAUCGAUGAUUCAAUACUCUUCUUCUAAAACUUAAAACAUCUUUGGGUUAAUUUUCGCCUUCUUUUUCUUGUUAGAUAAGAUAAAAUGAUCUUAUUUCUGUAUUAUGGCAUUGUGUUUGAUGAGAAUGACCUUUUUAUUUUUCUCAUUUUUAGAGUAGAAACAGAUGAUCAUGAGGAUCUUGAUGUUGUUGUUGUUGUCAAUGUUAUGUAUUAGGGUUUGUAAAAUGUGGGAUCUGGGUUUCUCCAAUCUCACCUAGCUUGUUGUUCACAAAGUUACAUAAAGACUUAUCUAAUGAGGAAAUGAAGAUUUGAGGCUA